AUGAAUAGGACCACGGUGAUCCCAUCCCAAAGCAACUGGAGUUUCCCCUAUGAUGUUCUAGGCUGUGGGAACACCACAGACAUUACCAUCUUUCUAGCCACCUCGUAUAGUUUGGAGACCGUCUUGGGCGUUUUAGGCAACGUGUGUUUGAUCGGUAUCCUAGCCAGGCAGAAGGAGAAAGCCAUUGCCACCAACGUCCUGAUCACCAAUCUGAUAGCUUCGGAGCUGGUCAUGUGCGUCUUCUGCCUGCCCGUCACUGUUGUCACAGUCUUGCUGCACUACUGGAUCUUCGGGGAGGCCAUGUGUAAAAUGGCUGCGUUUAUCCAAUGCACAUCCCUGACGGUAUCCAUCCUCUCUCUUGUCCUGAUUGCUGUAGAAAGACACCAGCUCAUCAUCAACCCAACAGGCUGGAGGCCUAAUCUCUCUCAAGCUUACCAUGGCAUUGUGGCCACUUGGAUCUUUGCUUCUCUCUUGUCCUUGCCGUUCGUGACCAAUUCUACUUUGAGCGACGGUGUCUUCAAGCGAUAUGCCGGCAUGAUGGGUUCGUAUGCUGAUAAGGCCGUCUGCACUUGCGCCUGGUCUUCCGAGGAGUACAGGCUCACCUACGCCACGGCGCUGCUGCUGCUGCAGUACUGCUUCCCCCUUGCAGUUAUCCUGGUGUGCUACCUGCGGAUCUACCGUCGCCUCCAGAAAAGAAAGGGGAUGUUUGAGAAGAGCGAGCACAGCCGCCGGAUGAUUCACUUGACGCGCGUCAACAUCCUCCUCGCUUCCAUGGUGGCUGCCUUUGCCAUCUGCUGGCUGCCAUUGCAUGUUUUCAACGGCAUCGAUGACUGGAACUACAAGCUUAUCCCCCACUGCUUCCAUGACUUGAUCUUCUCCCUGUGCCAUCUGACGGGCAUGGCUUCUGCCUGUGUUAACCCAAUCAUUUAUGGGUUUUUGAACAAAAACUUCAAGAAGGAAGUAAAGGCUCUGAUCCUCAAUUGCCACCACCGUUCUUCUGAGCAAGAAUACAAACAUCUGCCUCUACCCACCAUGCAGACCGAAGCUUCAAAGGGUUCCCUGAGGCUAAGUGGCCAACAGACUCCCAUCUAG